AUGUGGGAAUACCGGGGGCAAAACGACUGCACCCGGUCGACAGCGACUGAGUGGGACGAGAGCGAGUACCGGAAGGCGCUCGCCAAGAUCACCACGGCCACCUUUACCUCCUUCGAGGACGGCCUGCAGCCCUACUCCGAAGAAACCCCGGCGCCCCAGCGCUGGCAGAAGAUCGCUGACCACCUUCCCCCCCUUGCCGGGAAGGAGCCACCAGAAAUGACUGAAGGCGAAGAGGAAGAGGUCGACGACGAGGAGGAGCGCACCGAGUCGGACUCCGAGGCGCGAGACUUCAUCAGACUCCCGCGCGGGACGAAGAGGAGUGCCGGGUCCUCGUCCCAGGGCGCGGUUGAGGAGGAGGCGACCUCUCGCCCGGAGGGCGAGGCGGAGCCUUCCAAGGAAGGGGCCGAGCCGUUGUCGAAGCGCCUGCGCCCCACUCUCCUGGAGGGUUCCAUGAGGCUUCAGCGCCCCUUGAAGGACGCGAUCGAUGCGGGAGCUCGAGCCGGCCCCGGCGUAAAAGCAAUCCCCACCGUGAAGUCCAAGAAGAAGACCUUGGUGAAGCCGGCCAUGGCUGGGGUGGCGGCCACGAGGGCGGCUGAGGCAAAGAAGAAAGCCGCAGAGAGGAAAGCGGCGCCGUCCGAUCUUGGGGGCGCGGGGUCGGCUCCGGAAGAGCCCGCCACCGCGAGCCAAGCUGAGAAGGUGGGAGCCCGCCACGCCGAGUCCACCGCCCAGGUCUUUCCUCUACCCAGCAUGGCUCACGGGGGUAUGGCGAGUGCAGCGACCGGACCGGACGUCGUUCCACCCAUGGUGGAGAAGGGGUCGGCGGUCGUCGGGUCGACCGAGGGGCAGAAAGCGCCCGAGGUCGAGGAUAACGUCGUCGAGAAGGGCGGCCUCUCGGAGCCACUGAAGGAGCGCCGGUCCAAGGCUGCCAGGGACCGAACCCCGCCCAAUGAUGCCGACACGCGGGCGGGCGAGGCGCCGUCGACUGAGGCGGUGACGCAGGCGGGAGAGGCGGCCGAGUCGCGCCAUCCGCCGCCUUCUACCUUGACCUUCGCUGAGCUCCACACGGCGCUUGGUGAAGCACACGCGGCGGAGGUUAAGCGACUGACCGCGCUCGUGGAGGAGGCGGCUCAAAAGAACCGGAAGUUGAUUGCUCUGGGCACAGAGGCGCAGGCAAAGGCUCUUGCCGAGGCUCGGGAAGGAUUCGUCAAGGAAUCUUUCUACCGCGAAGCCGACUUCCGGGCGCAGCAAGCCGAAGAGGCCCGGAAAAAGGCGAAAGCGGAGGUGGCGGAUCUGACCAAGGUCCUGGAGCAGAAGGGCCGGGAACUGGAAGACGUCAUCACCGAGUACAAGGGAAAGCUGGCGGCCGCGACUGAAGCGCGGGACUCCGCGCGUAUAAAACCGUCGGAGGAGGUUGAUGUUCCAGGGACGCUCCACCUCUUUGGACUUGCACCUGCGCACGAUGGCCCGUGCUUUGGCUUCAUCCAUUGGCAGUGCCUGGCGCUCAAGGUAGCUUAUGUAUGGCUCGGUCCAAUCGAUGCUGUCGGCGGCGAGUGCGACUAA